AUGGCCAACAACAGCCCCGCCGUCGGCGCCGGGAACUGCCAGGGGCAACAGGCGGCCCAGCACCAGCCUGGUGCCGUCCCGCCGACCCAGCAGCAGCUGCAGAGCGGAGCCCCCAAGCCGGCGGCCUCAGGGAAACAGGGCAACGUGCUGCCGUUGUGGGGAAAUGAGAAGACAAUGAACCUGAACCCCAUGAUCCUGACUAAUAUCCUCUCGUCGCCCUACUUCAAGGUGCAGCUCUAUGAGCUCAAGACUUAUCAUGAAGUAGUGGACGAGAUCUACUUCAAGGUCACACAUGUUGAACCAUGGGAAAAAGGGAGCAGGAAAACAGCAGGCCAGACAGGGAUGUGUGGCGGGGUACGUGGUGUUGGAACUGGAGGAAUUGUGUCUACUGCCUUUUGUCUGCUCUACAAAUUAUUUACACUGAAACUCACUCGUAAGCAAGUCAUGGGCCUUAUAACUCACACAGACUCUCCAUAUAUUAGGGCUCUUGGAUUUAUGUAUAUUAGGUAUACACAACCACCUACUGAUCUAUGGGACUGGUUUGAAUCCUUUCUUGAUGACGAAGAGGACCUGGAUGUGAAGGCAGGUGGGGGUUGCGUUAUGACCAUCGGGGAGAUGCUUCGUUCCUUCCUCACUAAGCUUGAAUGGUUUUCCACAUUGUUUCCAAGAAUUCCUGUGCCAGUCCAGAAAACCAUUGACCAGCAAAUUAAAAGCAGACCUAGAAAAAUCAAGAAAGAUGGCAAGGAGGGAAUGGAAGAAAUAGACCGUCACGCAGAACGUAGACGUUCAAGGUCUCCAAGACGAUCCAUUAGUCCAAGGAGGUCGCCCAGAAGAUCCAGAAGUAGAAGUCAUCAUCGAGAAGGCCAUGGAUCAUCUAGUUUUGAUAGAGAACUAGAAAGAGAAAGGGAACGGCAGAGAUUAGAACGUGAAGCUAAGGAGAGAGAAAAAGAAAGGCGGAGAUCUCGAAGUACUGAUCGUGCGCUAGAACGGAGGCGGAGCAGAAGCAGGGACAGAUACAGGAGCCGGAGCCGAAGUCGUGACAGAAAAGGAGACAGAAGAGACAGGGAUAGGGAGAGAGAGAAAGAAAAUGAACGGAGCCGGAGGAAGGAGAGAGAUUAUGACAAGGAAAGAGGUAAUGAUAGAGAGAAAGAUAGAUCUAGAGACAGAUCUAGAGAAAGAUCAAAAGAAAGGAAAAGUAAGGGUGAUCUAGAAGAGAGAAGGCACAAGGAUGACAAGGAUGACAAGAAACACCGGGAUGACAAGAGGGAUUCCAAAAAGGAGAGAAAACACAGUAGAAGUCGAAGCCGGGAAAGAAGGCAUAGGAGUAGGAGCCGAAGUAAGAACACAGGUAAGCGCAGCAGAAGUAGGAGCAAAGAAAAAUCAAGUAAACAUAAAACUGAAAGUAAAGAGAAGUCAAAUAAAAGAAGUAGAAGUAGAAGCAGAGGACGAACAGAUAGCGUUGAGAAGUCCAGAAAACGAGACCAGAGUCCCAGCAAAGAAAAAUCUAGAAAGCGUAGCAGAAGCAAAGAACGUUCCCACAAACACGAUCACAGUGAUAGCAAGGACCAUGUGGACAAACACGAUCGUCGGAGGAGCCAAAGCUCAGAAGGAGAGAGCCAAGAAAAGCAACAGAAGAACAAAGAUGAGACUGUGUGAACUCUUUUGAGAAGUGGAUCACAUUGAAUCCUAUAAAUGUUUGAUUAAAUCCUGCUUAUUUUUUUCUUAAAGUUGAGAUUGUGCAGUAGUUGAUGAGCACUCUUCUCCAACCUCCCUCUAGGCUGCAGAUUGUCAUUUCCUAUUUUGGGUAGGGAAGUGCCUUUGUAAACCCAUUCAACACAUUGACAGUUUCAAACCAUUUGUUUAGUUCAAUUCGUAAUGCAGAGGUGGUUCUUGCAUUUUUAUUGUUCAGAUGUUUCUGAAAUGUACAUUCUGUACAUAUGUCCUGAAAAUGUUUUACUUCCUUUGGCAUGGUUGCCAUGUUGGUUAAAUUUGUAUGAGGCAAUAAACUGCCACUAAUUCUACUUUAUUUCGUAGAUGUGGAAUUAUGGUUUGUAUCCUGAAGUUAGCAUGGCUCUACAUAAUAGUACGGCUUUUAGGACUGGAUCUCAAAUGUGUAUUAUAGCUGAGAUAUUUAUGUGCGUACAGUGUACAUUGAGGGCUGCAGAUUUAGAAUUAACAUUUGUCCACUGUACCUGCUGGGUUUUGGUUUGGUUUUGUUUUUUUUUCCUUUCUUGGGUG